UUUACUUAUUUCACACCACUCGAAGUCACCUAUUUAAUAAUAUGUGGUUGUGAACUCGUGAUCUUAUUUUACACUGAAAACAUUAAACGAAUAAAAUAUGUGUAAUAACUGAUAAUUCAUAGCUAUAAAUAAUAAUGUUACGAUAUCAUAUAAUAUAUAUUCCCAAACACCGAUUGUGAUCAUCAGGACGACGUUUUUACUGGAUAAAAAGUGUAGUUGUACACGUGUUAUAAGGCGUUUCAAGUGAUAAUACAUUAGUUGUAAAAGUACACUGAUUUAAAUUCAGCGUGAAAUCAGACAUCGUACCAAUACAGUUUUAAUUUAAAUAAAUCUUUUGUUUAGGCACGGCUGUAAAACAACCAUGAAUAUUAUGAAGGUGAUUCAAUGUUACCAUCUAUUCUGGAAGCAAAUAUUUUUGUACGCUUCGCUCGUAUGGGUCGCUUUCCUUUUUGCGACUUUUUACUUCGCGGCGCCCGAAAAUUACGUCGACGAUGAACUAGAAAAAACGCUUGCGAUAGCAAUUCAACAUCUCGACGAUGUACACAUAGACAACGUCAACAUGAUGGAAAUGAAGAAAGACCUGAUUCAAAGACUGAAGCUCAACGAAAAAAAAAUGAUGGACAAAGAGAAGAUAUUAAACGGCCCAUCUGAAGGGUACGAAGUAUUGCGUCGCCGUAUUUAUUCAAACACAAAAGAAUUUUGGUAUUACGUCAGUUCUGCUUUACAAUCGUUGGCAAACGAAAUCGAAGACUUGAAACCAAAAGUUUCUGGUAUGAAAAUAAUGAUCGACGAACACUAUAGAUCGUUAUUGAGAGAUAUCGCCAAACUGGCCGAUGUCGACGGUUAUUCAGAGUGGCGGUGGAAAGAGUUUCACUCUUUGAGUAGACUAGUCGAAAAGAGACUGCAACAUACGCAAAAUCCGCCCGACUGUUCCAAAGCAAAAAAGCUCCUGUGCAAUCACAUCAAUAAUUUUCCUUGUGCAUUUGGAUGUCGUAUACACCAUUUGGUCAAAUGCUUGAUUGUCGCCUAUGCCACCGAAAGGACAAUGAUUAUAGACAAUCCUAAAACUUGGAAGUUUACUAGAAGUGGUUUUGCUAAUAUAUUUCUACCGCUUAGCGACACGUGUACGUCUACUGACGGCAAAACCGUUUCUAAAUGGCCAGGCAACGAAACCACUCAAGUGGUAAAUUUUAUUGUGCCUGAAAACCCUGCCAAACAUCCCCGUCCACCUUACAUUCCGAACGUGUUGCCUGAGGACUUAGCUGGACGAAUAAAUGUCUUGCACGGUGAUCCCGCUGUAUGGUGGAUAGGUCAGUUCCUCAAAUACAUCUUCCGGCCGCAACCAUCCACUACCAUUGUGUUUAACGAGUUUGCCAAGCGAGUGAAUUUUCAAAAGCCAAUUGUUGGAUUGCAUAUCAGACGAACGGACAAAAUCAUCAGAGAAGCUUCAUUACACGAACUCGAAGAGUAUAUGUACCAUGUGGAAGAAUAUUACAAGCUCAAAGAAUUAAACGGUGGAUACGACAAGAAACGCAUUUAUUUGGCCACGGACGAUCCAACAUUGUUUGAUGAAGCUAGACUCAAAUAUCCUGAGUACGAUGUUAUCGGCGAUCCAGAUUUAUCCAAAAGUGGCUCCGUUCUUUACCGCGAGUUAGACAAUUCAAUUAUGAAUAUCAACAUCGACCUAUAUUUUCUAGCUUAUCACUGUGACCACUUAGUUUGUACUUUUUCAUCAAAUGUGUGCCGGAUAGCUUAUGAAAUUAUGAACAGUCUCCAACCAGAUGCAUCAGCUAAGUUCACUUCUUUAGACGACACAUUUUAUUUUAGUGGUCAAAAUCACAGACUGAAUGUAGCUUUAAUAUCUCAUAAAGCAGACGGGCCCGAAGAGAUGGAUCUAGAAGUAGGUGAUGAGAUUGAAGUAGCUGGAAAUCAUUGGGACGGUUAUUCACUGGGGAUCAAUUUGAGAACACAUCAAACACUUCUAUACCCUACUUUUAAGGUAACCACAAAAAUUGAAGUUUUGCCUUUUGCCAGUUAUCCAAAUAUCACUUUAAAUACUGAGACAUAGAAAGAAGACAAUUUACAAAAUCUGUAUUUGUACUAUUACAUAACUACUUAAAUUGUAUGACUCUUAUUAUUAAAAUAAAACGAAAUAAUAUGGUUUAAAAAAAAAA